AUGACCGACACUCGCAUUUACUCGGCUACAUACAGCAAUGUGCCCGUCUAUGAGUUCAACAUCGACGGCAACCAUGUUAUGCGACGUCGCUCCGACAACUGGAUCAAUGCGACUCACAUUCUCAAAGUCGCUGAUUUCGACAAGCCAACCCGUACCCGAAUCCUCGAGCGCGAAGUCCAGAAGGGAACACACGAAAAGGUCCAGGGUGGCUAUGGAAAAUACCAAGGCACAUGGAUUCCCUUGCCCGAGGGCCGCCUGCUGGCUGAACGAAACAGAGUCCUCGACAAGCUAAGACCAAUCUUCGAUUUCGUUCCUGGUGACAGGAGCCCCCCGCCUGCUCCCAAACACACAACUGCUGCUUCCAAGCCGCGCGCCAACAGAAAGCCUGUCAACAGGGUACCUGCACUGUCUCACAUCUCCGAGGAUGUUGAGAUGUACCAUCAUUCAGAAACACCUGAUAACGUCACGGUUGCUUCAGAAUCAUACAUAGACGACUACAGCUAUCCCCAAGACUCUCGCAAACGUAAACAUCCAGAUGAUGAAAUGUCGCUAGCUGACCAACAUCACCAAUUGUGGGCUGACGAACUACUCGAUUACUUCAUGGUGCUUGAGAACCCCAACGAUCCUUUCCAACCUCCUCCUAUUCCACCUAGCGACAUAGAUCUCGACCGACCAAUUGAUGAAAAAGGACAUACUGCUAUGCAUUGGGCUGCUGCUAUGGGAGAUUUGGCUGUUGUCAAGGAUCUUAUUGGCCGUGGUGCGAACAUCAACGCCGUCAGUAACAAUGGCGAGACUCCGUUGAUGCGUGCUGUCAUCUUCACAAACAACUACGACAAGAGCACUAUGGACCGUCUGGCUGGCUGGCUCGUCACUACUGUGCCUAUGGUAGAAUGGUUCGGCAGCACCGUCUUCCAUCACAUCGCAGGAACAACCUCGUCAAAAUCAAAAUAUGCUUGCGCUCGCUACUAUCUUGACUGCAUUCUUUCAAAGAUGGCAGAGACUUAUUCUCCUACAGACAUUGAGCAUGUACUCAACAUCAAAGAUCGCAACGGAGAUACUGCUAUUCACAUUGCUGCUAGGAAUGGCGCAAGGAAGUGUGUACGAAGUCUUAUUGGUCGACAUGCUUCCGUUACCAUCCCCAACGACCUUGGAGAAACAGCAGAUGAUCUUAUUAUUUCUCUCAACCGCCGCCGAAGAGAUGGCCGCCAUCGUGCCAUGUCUUCGUCACCCUUCCAAAUGGACUCAACCUCUCACAACACAGCCAUAAAUCUCGACCCAACUCUCGAAACGCCCUCAUCCAACAAUCCACUUCUCGCUUCUGCGCCUGGCAACACAUCCAUUUCCUCGAAGCCACAUCACACCUCUGAAGCAGGGUCUGCUCUGACUAAUCAAAUCUUCCCUCUACUGCUCAGCAAAUCAGAAAAGCUGGCUGCAGCAUUUGAUGCUGAAAUCAAUGAGCGUGAAACAGAUGUCGCAGAAGCCGAGCGAGUUGUUCAAGUCCGCACCGCCGAGAUUGAGUCCCUCAAAAAGCAAUCAAUGACCCUUGCAAUGAGUGAUCAAGAAGAUGAGUAUGACGCUCGUCUACAAAGGCAGCUCAGCAAUUUGGUCUCACAAUGCGAGAGCUUGAUUGAGGAUGAACAAGCCUCAGAUCUGCAGCACCUACUUCGACAAGUCUCAUCACAGAUGAAUUCAAACAACGACAUGGACAUGAACGACUACCAAGACGAAGGCAUGGAAAAGUUGUCUCUGCUGUUAUCGAUCAAAAGGUUAAAAGAAGAGAGAAUGGCAUUGGUGAGGGAAGUUGUGGCAAGCCAAGCAGAGGCUGGCAUGGGAGAUAGGCAAAAAGAAUAUCGGAGGUUGAUUGUGGGUGCGUUGGGGGUUAGAGAUGAAGAUGUUGAUGGUAUGCUGCCUGAUAUUGUAGGUGAGCUUGAGGAGUGGCAAGGAAUGGAAGGAGGAGUAGUAGGGGUCGGUGCAUAG